CAUUACCACUCAUCUUAUCAAACACAAGACCUCAAUCUCACUCUAUUUGUGUUGCCAUGACAGUAAAAGGUGUACCUUGGAUUCAGUGUGUUAAUGAUGGUAUAAGGUGUUUGUUUUAUAGAUUCCUAUUCUAUUCAUAAUCAUGUAGUCAGACAGUAAGGUGGACUUUAGAGUAAAGUUUAAUAAUUUUUUCUUCUUAGAACUGAGUAUUUUUAUGGACAUUUUCUGGAGUUUGCUGAAUUUUUAGUUAUCUGAAUUCUAAAUUAGUCAUAUUUUGAAGAUCUACUGUAUUGACAUUUAGGUAAACUAAUAAAACAUUUCUAACAACAAAUUUCAAAUGCAAAAUGAAUCACAGUUCCUAACGUGUUCUGUUUAUUGUGUGUGCAGCCUCAAUGGCUGUGAUCUGUCAGAGAGAUGCUGUGAAGCUCUGGCCUCAGUUCUCAGCUCCAACUCCUCUCGUCUGAGAGAGCUGGAUCUGAGUACCAAUGAUCUGCAGGAUUCAGGAGUGAAGCUGCUCUCUGCUGGACUGGGGAGUCCACACUGUACACUGGAAACUCUCAGCUUGUCUGGCUGCCUGGUCACACAGGAAGGCUGUGCUUCUCUGGCCUCAGCUCUGAGCUCCAACCCCUCCCAUCUGAGAGAGCUGGACUUGAGCUACAAUCACCCAGGAGACUCUGGAGCUGUGCAGCUCUCUGCUGGACUGGAGGAUCCACUCUGGAGACUGGACACUCUCAGUGUGGAGCACGGUGGAGUGUGGAGGCUGAAACCAGCUCUAAAGAAGUAUGCCUGUGACCUCACACUGGACCCCAACACGGCCUACAGAGGACUCUCUCUGUCUGAGGACAACAGGAAGGUGACGCUGGUUGGAGAGGACCAGUCGUAUCCGGAUCACCCAGACAGAUUUGACUCCUGGGCCCAGGUGUUGGGUAGAGAGGCUCUGACUGGCCGCUGUUACUGGGAGGUAGAGUGGGAAGGACGGGUUGUUAUAGGAGUGACAUACAGAGGAAUCACAAGGAGAGGAGGGGGUGCUGACAGCGGGCUUGGACAGAACAACAAGUCCUGGGGUCUUUAUUGUUAUGAUGGUGGUUACUCUGCCCGGUACAACGGUAUAAAGACAGCCCUCCCUCUCCCCCCCCCCCGCUGGCUCCACCAGAGUAGGAGUGUAUCUGGACCGGCCUGCUGGCUCUCUGUCCUUCUACAGAGUGUCCCCAGGUGGAGGAGGGUCCUCAGACACACUGACACACCUCCACACCUUCUGCUCCUCCUUCACCCAGGAGGACCUCCUCCCGGGGGUGGUGGUAGUGAGAGGGGGGGCGUCUCUGUGUCGGUUAUAGACACACACAGGACCUCCUCCCGGGGGUCCGGGUACUGGAACUGUGUCUGGGGGUCCUCAGCCUCUCUGUGUCGGUUGUAGAAAAAAAAAAGGGACCUCCUGACUCCUCGUCGGCCUGAGCAUGGCCCCUGCACACACACACACACACACACACACACACACACACACACACACACACACACACACACACACACACACACACACACACACACACACACUGACUAACACACACACACACACACACACACACACACACACACACACACACACACACACACACACACACACACACACACACACUGACUAACACACACACACACACACACACUGACUAACACACACACACACACACACACACACACACACACACACACACACACACACACACACACUGACUAACACACACACGCACACACGCACACACACACACACUGACUAACACACACACACACACACACUGACUAACACACACACACACACACACACACACACACACAGCUGAGGCCUCCCCCCCCCCCAGAGCCCCGGGAGGAGGUCCUGGGCUCUGGGGACGCUGACGCUACACCGAGACGCUGAGCCUGGGCUCAGCGUCUCGGUCUAAGUUAUAGACACACACAGGCUCAGCGUCCUCCUCCCGGGGCUCUGGGGGGGGAGGACGCAGCUGUGUGUGUGUGUGUGUGUGUGUGUGUGUGUGUGUGUGUGUGUGUGUGUGUGUGUGUGUGUGUGUGUGUGUGUGUGUGUGUGUGUGUGUGUGUGUGUGUGUGUGUGUGUGUGUGU